AUGGAACUUUUGUACUACAGGUUGUGAUGUAUGAAAGUGCACUCGCGAGGAAAGCAGAUAAGGAUGAAAGUUACCACGUAUCCUUACAAGAUAUCCUCGUGAAACAGUGGAUGCCCAUCUCUCCGAACGAUGACAGCUUCCUCGAGGCUCACUUCAUGGCGGGCACGACUGAGACGCAGCUCGUGUAUAUAGACGAGAACGACAAGCCCCGGACAGCGUUGCAGGGUCACACCAAGGUCACGGUCUCCGGUAGCGAAGAAGAGCCGCCCGCCCUGCCCGCCCUGGAGCUGGAGAAGGACGCCAUCGAGCUCGCAGAGGACGACGUGUAUCAAGAACUGGCUGCUAGAGGGCUAGAGUAUACCGACAAGUACAAGACCAUCAAGUCCAUCCGCAUGGGCCAUCGAGACUGGUUGGUCAGCGUGGCACCCAACGGCUCGCUCUCCGCCACCAUCGAGGCCGUGCUGCAGGUGUACAUCUUGAAGGCCAUCGACGAGAGUCAGGAGUUGCGCCUGCCGCGCAAAAUCCGCCGGCUCGACAUCGACCCCGUGACGCUGAAGAAUAAGACAGAAGUCACGCUGCGCCUCGAGCUGGCCACCGGCAUCCUGGCGGGGGCGGGCGUGUACGCGAGCGGGGUUACUCUCCAGGAGCUGCCCCCCGCGCUCCGCGUCGAACCCCUGGCAACUCCUGAGCUGCUGCCCCUUGGCGAGACAAGUUUCCAGACGCCGGAGGAGUUCGUGCGCAUGGCCGUGAACGUGGCUCUGAUGGGCGCCCAGCACCAAGGUGCACCCCAGGUCACCUUCCUGGAGCUGCCCAACGGCAAGAAGACCGCUGCGCUCAGCACGAUGGUGCUGAGCGCCACUCGGGCAGCCGGUUACGAGCAGGCGCGAGUAGUGGCGCUGGCCGCGGAGGGCACGAUCCCGCCAGGGUUCAGGGGACGCGUUCCGCUGCUCGUCACGGGCCCCACCACUAUGGCGGAGGCCAUGCAAGCCCUCGACGUGGGACUGGCCGACGCCCUGCUUGUCUGGUCGACCGAGCGCCUGGUGGCCAAGCAAAAGCGGGCUGUUAGCGUGGAAAUCAGCAUCCUGGCCCAGCAACAGUGCUUGAUCGGCGAGUGGCUGACGCUGGUUCGCCGCGCCCAGCCCUUGGACAAGAAGGACACCGUGGUGGUGCAUCUGGACGGGGAGACACCGCUCCCUAGGCACGCAAGACCAACCACCACUGUCGUCCUAGUCUCACAGACAGGCCCCAGCAAGCUUCAGCAAAACAUUCAAGAGACCCUGAAGAAGGUGGAAGCUCUGCCCUAUGCUGCGCAAGCAAGGCUGGUGUUCAUCGAGGACGAGAAGGCCCCUCCCUUCGACGUGAACAAGGAGCUCCACCAGCUGGCACGCGGUUUCCGCGUGAACGUGCUGAGGGAGGGAGGCGUGUGGAGCACACCAGCGCCCGCCAUGCACGUCCCCAAGCCCUGCGCGCUCAGCACCGCGCUGGCCGCAACCAGCCUGGGCGACGUUCGACUGCAGUUCUUGGGCGUGACCUCGCUCAGCAGCGAACGCGAUUUCGGCCCGACCCACCUGGACUACGUGGGCGUGCUAGAGAACGGCGCCGAGGCCGUGCGGGUGAUGGGCGUGGGCCGCUGGCUGCCGGACGACCGGGUGCCACAUCUUGACUCGGUUCUGCGCUGGCCGGUCCCGGCGAGCUGGUCCACUCGGGACGCCGCCACCGUCCCCUUCGUGUACGCGCUCGUGUACCACGCGCUGCAGGUGCAGGCGGGCGCGCGCCGCGGCGAGUCCAUCCUGGUGCACGAGGGCGCCUCCGCCGUCGGCCAGGCCGCCAUCCGGGUGGCGUGCCAGCUGGGCUGCGCCCCGCUCUACACCACGGUGGCCAACAGCCGGGAGCGCGCCGCGCUGCUCGCCAUGUUCCCUCAGCUGCAGCCCGCCCAGGUGCUGAGCUGCGGCGACGGCGGCUCCUUCGAGCCUCGCCUGCGUGUGCUGACCCGUGGCCGCGGGGUGCGCCUGGUCGUCAACACGCUCGCGGGCUCCGAGUUCCGCGCGUCCCUCCGCUGCAUCGGAUACUUUGGCCGCCUUAUCAACUUCUCCCGCGAAGACUUGCAGGAAGGGAACAUAGGUUCUCAGAUGUUCCUCCUGGGUAGUGCAGUGUUCGGCUGCUCGGGCAGCGAGCUUUUCCACGCCACCGAGGACACCCGCCUCUUGGUGGUGGAGGCCGUCGCCAAGGGGAUCCGCGACGGGGUGGUGCAGCCCAUCGUGGGGGCCGAGGACUACAGCAGUCCCCGGAGUAUCGGUGACCUAAGGCGUGGGACGAAAGCGGUGGUUAAGGUGGACAGCAUGGCGCUGGGAGCCAGCCAGGUGUGCGACCCCAACAAAUGCUACAUCGUUGUCGGUUGCCAAGCCGUGGACGCGCUGUUCCUGGCCAGCCGGCUGGCCGUGCUGGGCGCGCGCCACAUCCUGGCCGUCGUGGGAUCGUCGCCGAGCUCUCCGCUCGUGCGGCAGAGGCAGCGCGCUCUCCGGCGGCAGCUCGGCGCUGGCCUGCAAGUGCUUCAAGUGCGCGAGUGGACUCCAGCUGCGGCCGAGAGCGUGCUGAAGGUGGCGUCCAGUGUGGCUCCGGUGCACAGAGCCGUCGUGGUCGUCAAGAGCGAGAACGAGCAGGUAGCGGCCGCGCUUCUGGGCAGCGCCCUCCAGCCUUCUGUGGGUCUUGUGUUGCUCGCCGACCGAGAGUGUCUGGCAGCACCCCUAGUCGCCCUGGCCGAGCAGCGUCAGUCGCUCGGAUGGCCCACCAGCUGUCUAGCCGCCAGCCUCGGCGAGGCCUCGGAGCGCCUCGGAGACCUGCUCCACAACUCGUCCCUCGAGGUCCUGCCCUCAGCCAUCUCGGACCAGGGCGCGGGUUCAGACAAGGACUUGUCCCUGUCGCUGACGGUGGACGCCCUUGCUGCGCUCAGCAGAGCCGACAGCCAGCGGUCGCGGCUGCCGCGGAUGGUAGAGCUGACUUCGCUAGGGCCGGCGUCGCACUCUUCGCGGGAGAACCGCAACCUGUUCGUGCUGCCGCCGCUCAGCGUGCUGGACCCAGCCUCCAAGGGCCAGCUGGCCGGGCUCGCGGCCAGGCUGUUCAGCCCCGUGCUGGUGGUGGAGACCACGCCGGGGGACAGCGUCCAGGUCGCAGCCAAGGCCGUGGUGCGGGCGAAGGACGGGCUAGAAAAUGCAACUUGA